AUGCCGUUUGUUCCAAUUGGGAGCCGCAAGGCUCACACACUUCUACUGGACCAUGACAAGGAUCGCAUCCGAGCACAAAUGCAGUCCAAGGAUGAGGCAGUGGUGGCGGAGCACUAUGGCCUGGCACCCAGUGUCAGGGGCUAUCGCUUCGGAAAUCAUCCCAUGACGCGAGGGCCUGUGAGGGGGCCAGAGGUGCCUUUCAAGGAGGCAACAAAACACUGGAAACCCUCCGAAGUCGAAAAGCAGGGACCAAUGGCAAAGGUAGACUUCAAACAAGCGAAGAUGGGCGCUUAUUGGGACCCGGAUGCGCCAAUUGAUGCCAACUGUGAUCCAACAUGA